AUGGGACUAGCUGGAGAGAAGGGAGACCGAGGGGAGAUGGGCCUGCCUGGACCACCUGGAGAAAAGGGAUCGACGGGUCACCCAGGGACACCAGGUGAGACUGGGCCUUCAGGACCACCAGGAAGAGCAGGCCCCCCUGGAUCGCCUGGACCAAUCGGUACCAGAGGACCCAAAGGCCGACGGGGAGCAAGAGGGCCUGAUGGUCCAACAGGAGAGAUGGGGUCAGAGGGCAAGAAGGGUCCUGAUGGUCCUCCAGGAAAAACGGGCUUCCCUGGAACAGAGGGAAAGAUUGGAGAGCCAGGGGAGGCUGGACCGAAAGGUUUUCCUGGGGUCCAAGGGGCCUCGGGACCUCCAGGAGCCAAGGGAAUUGCAGGCGAGCCAGGACCUCCUGGGCCAGCGGGGACUGUUGGACUGCUCGGAGAAAUUGGUCCGAAGGGCCCCCCCGGCAAGCUGGGGGAACCAGGAUUGCCAGGCGAACAAGGGGAAAAGGGAGCCGUUGGAUCUGUUGGGAACUCAGGAGAGCAGGGCAUCGUCGGGCAGCGGGGAGAACCGGGCCUGGAGGGAGAAGCUGGUGCAGCUGGUCCUGAUGGAACCAAGGGAGAGAAGGGUGACAUGGGUCAGGAAGGCAACAAUGGAGACAAAGGUGAACUUGGACUAAAGGGAAAAGAAGGACCACCUGGGGAUCCUGGACUUACUGGCGUUAGGGGUCAAGAGGGCAAAUCUGGCAAGAUAGGAGAACGAGGCAAACCAGGGCUGAAGGGGGCUAAAGGUCACCUAGGCCACCUAGGGGAGACUGGACCAAUGGGAAAGACAGGAACAACAGGAUUUGUAGGGCCUAAGGGGUCCAGAGGAACCAUUGGACCUGUGGGGGUGCCUGGUCGAAUGGGUCAGCAGGGGGAAAUUGGCCUUGCAGGUUAUCAGGGCCAUCAGGGACCACCAGGCCCCGCUGGGUCUCCAGGACGAAAAGGUGAAAAGGGUGAACACGGGGAUGAUGGGAAAAUGGAAGGUCCUCCUGGUCCUCCUGGUGAUAUAGGUCCUCCUGGUGACAGGGGAGAGAGGGGUGAGUCAGGAGAUCCAGGAUACAUGGGUCAAGUUGGAUUGGAUGGAGAGAGAGGCAGACCUGGGGCUCCUGGACCACCUGGUCAUCCAGGACCUCGCGGCCAACAAGGUCCCAAAGGAGCCAAAGGAGAUCAAGGUCAGAAAGGCAAACAGGGACAAAUUGGACAAAAAGGUGCCAGAGCAACACCGGGUGUGGUGGGUUUCGCUGGCCCCAGGGGUGUGGUGGGCCGAGAGGGUCAGGAAGGUGUGCCCGGAGUGGAUGGAGUCCCAGGGAAGGAUGGCAGGAAAGGCAUGCCGGGAGAGCAUGGUGAAGACGGGGAGUUUGGUCUUCCUGGAAAAUCUGGCUCACGUGGUAAAACAGGUGUCCCAGGACUUCGGGGUACUCAGGGGGCAAUUGGUCCAAAGGGUGAGCGGGGUCUUCCAGGCCAGGCUGGUCGCCCAGGGAAGCGGGGUUUCAGAGGUGGGAUGGGACUGCCAGGGCGACAAGGUUACCAGGGGUCUAAAGGUCAACCUGGUGACACAGGCGAACCAGGUUUUCCGGGCAUUCUGGGGAUCCUUGGGCCCAGGGGGCCUCCAGGAGACUUUGGGCCAAAGGGCAUACAGGGACCAAAGGGGCCACAGGGCAUGAUGGGCAGAGGAGGAGGAGUUGGUCCGAUGGGGAUUAUUGGUCCUAAUGGAAGUGCGGGUCCAAGAGGAGAGAAAGGCAAUCGUGGAGAGAGUGGCUUGCAAGGACCAAGGGGAUCUCCUGGACCUCGUGGGCCCCCUGGACCCCCUGGUCCCCCAGGCAUCCCGCUGUCAUUUAGAGAGGAUGGUCUUCAUUUGUUUGUGGAUUCACCCACCCCACUCAGGACUGAGAAUAAGCCAGUGAUGGACCUAGCAAUGCUGGACCAGGGCACAGAGAUCUUUAAGACCCUACACUACCUCAGUAACCUGAUCCAGAGCCUGAAGAAUCCGCUGGGCACCAGGGACAACCCUGCCCGUAUCUGUCGGGACCUCCACAGCUGUGAACAGAAGAUGAACGAUGGCACUUAUUGGAUUGACCCGAACCUGGGCUGCUCCUCUGAUACCAUAGAGGUCUCCUGUAACUUUACUGGAGGAGGACAAACCUGUCUGAAGCCAAUCACGGUAUCCAAGCUGGAAAUUAGUGUUGGUCGUGUCCAGAUGAACUUCCUGCACCUACUGAGCUCUGAAGCAGUGCAGCAUAUCACCAUACACUGCCUGAAUGCUCCUGUGUUGAAGUUAGCUGAGAAUCGACUGCCUGCCCAUGGGGGUGUGCGGUUUAAGGCCUGGAGUGGGGAGAUGAUCGAACUUGGAGGACAGCUCGAGCCACAGGUUAUAGAAGACUCCUGCUGGAUAAAAGACGGCCGAUGGCACCAGGCCCAUUUUGUGUUUCGCUCUCUGGAUCCCACCCUGCUCCCUGUGGUCAACAUCUACAACCUUCCAGAGACUACUCCUGGCUCACGCUAUCACCUGGAGGUGGGCCCUGUGUGCUUCCUGUGUGGGAAAACGGAGCAGUCCCCACCCAUCCACCCCCGGCAUUGUCCAAGAGGGAAUCCGCUUUGCCUAAACACCCCCGCCUCACUCCGCCAACCUCCCAUUGGACUGCAGAAACAGAAGGAGGAAGCUUGGGGAGCUCGGGACAUGGAGCAGGAGGAGAAGAGAGCUGACGGGAGCAGGGGGAGUUCUGGCACAAUUAGCUCCGCAAAAGCUUCUGCAAGUUCUUCAAAAAGGAUCUUUCCCCUGCACCAAGCCAUGUAUGCCCACUUGGAGAAAAAGUCUCUAUGCCACAUAAUCUCUCUGGAACAAUGCUAA